AUGGCUUUGGGGUUUGGUUCAAUUCUCUUGAACGCGGUGUUGAUCACGCGCUACGUGCUGCCUGGCGUGCAGCUGACGGCCGAUGGUGAGCCCGUUGCGGACUUCUCUGCUGCAGUGCAGCAGCAGAAAUUCCCCAAUCCCUCUAUUGCUGGAGGAAAUUCGAAUGUCAUACACGGCACCUUCGACCCCCAAAGGAUGCAUGGGCCCCUCGGCCUCAACCCAGACGGAACGCCGGCUCACGUGCCAGCCCCACCCCCCCCUCCUGACCUGCAUAUGCCGGCGGAGUUGGCGCGGGGCGGCGGUUUCAACUUACAGUUGAGCGAUCAUUUACCUCUUGAUCGUGCUGCUCCUGAUUCGCGUCACAGUGCAUGCAAGACGUUGCAGUAUGAUUUAUCUUCUUUGCCUGCAGCAUCUGUAUUGAUGGUAUUUUAUAAUGAGCCGUUCUCUACAUUGAUGCGGUCUGUACACAGUGUAUUGAACAGAACACCACCUUCUCUGCUGCAUGAGGUGGUGCUGCUGGACGACGGCAGCAACCUGCCAGAUGUAGCAGCAAAAGGAAACGGAAAGCUGCAGCAAUAUAUUGAAUUACUUCCUAAGGUUCGUUUGGUGCGUAGCCCCCGUCGUGAGGGUAUUGUGGGUGCACGUCUUCGUGCUAUUCGUGCUGCAACAGCGCCUAUAUUUGUAGUAUUAGAUAGCCAUAUAGAAGUACAGGACCAGUGGUUAGAGCCACUGGUUGCUCGUAUUCAAGAGGACCAUCGUCGUAUAGUAAUGCCUCAAGUUGAUGGUAUUGAUGCAGAAACAUUUGAACAUAUAGCCGGGGGUAUUGGGUGUAAACUAGGUUUCCUAUGGCAGCUGAUGGAGCAUUCAUAUGAAUCUCACCAGAUGCAGCGGCUACCUCGUGAGGAGCAGCAGCACGGCCCUACAGACUUUCAGACAUCACCAGCAAUGGCUGGAGGUUUAUUUGCAGCAAAUAAAGAUUUCUUUUUCUCUAUUGGUGCUUAUGAUGAAGGACCUAAUAUUGAUUACGGUGUAGAUACACUCAAACAAAGACAGGAAUGGAGAAAACAACAUAACUGUAAAAGCUUCAAAUGGUAUAUGGAAAAUGUCUUCCCUGAAGCAGAUGUUGUACAUCUAGAUGAUGUACCAUACCUCGGCACCCUGGAAAACAAAGGCUCGGGUUUAUGUUUGGAUUCAGUGGGCCGCGCUUCUCCUGGGGGCCGCCCGUCUCUGGCGCAGUGUGCUGCAGGGCAUGCUACGCAGGAGUUUAUGUAUUUCAGGUGA